AAAAAUAAACUGUUGAGUCAACAAGUCAAGUUGGGUCAUGGGGAGUUUCAGAGGUCAUGCCCUCCCUGGAACUUACUUCUUUCUCAUGAGUUUUUGGUGGAUCAUCAAAUCUAUUCUGAAAUAUGUCUCCAAAAAGCAGAAGCGGAUAUGCUAUCUUGGCACCAAAGCAUCAACCCAACGAGUAGAACUUGUGGAGGGAAUUAUACUAAUCUUCAUGGCUCUGAGUGGCAUAGGUGGGGAACAGUUUCUUAAUGGAGGACCAUCCCUGAUCUUAUAUAAAGAAGGCCAGUGGAAUCAACUCGAUGGCUGGCAUCACUGUACCAUGUAUUUCUUCUUUGGACUGAUGGGUGUUUCCAAAGUCUUAUGUUCCACCAUUAAUUCACUUCCAGGCUCCUUAGUGAAGUUAAUGAUGUCAAAUGCCUUAUUUGUGGAGGGUUUUAUCUUUUACAACCACACUCAUGGCCGAGAAAUGCUAGACAUCUUUGUACACCAGAUGCUGUGCUUGGUCGUCCUUUUGGCAGGAAUAGUUUCCUUCCUGGAGUUCCUCACAAAGAAUAAUGUAUUGCUGGAGCUUCUGAGGUCAAGUCUCCUCAUGCUACAAGGGACCUGGUUCUGGCAGGUUGCUUUUGUUCUGUAUCCCCCAAAUGGAAGUCCUAAGUGGGAUCUGAAAGAUCAUAACAACCGUAUGUUUCUCAGCAUAUGCCUUUGUUGGCAUUAUGCAUUUACCUAUAUGAUCAUUGGAGUGAGUUGUGUUUUUGUUACCUGGUUAGUUAAAUGGAGACUUAGGAGACUCUGCCCAUCAGAAGUUGGGCUCCUGAAAAAUACUGAGCGAGAACAAGAAUCAGAAGAAGAGGUGUGAUUGUAAUGGUCGUUCAGGAGUUCUAGUUCAACCUUAUUUCCUUGCUCAUGGUUUUAUUGCUUGACCUUUUGCUUGGAGAGCAACUGGCUGAGGUUGAUAUGUCCUGUUUGUAUUUGCAAUUUUGUUCAAGUAUUUGAAUUCAAAUGUUUUCUUUUUACCUUUGAAAAUACUUUGGGCAAUAAGUUCAUUUGGGACAUCAUUGUAUUCAGAAGCAAGAAUGACUGUUCAUAAUUCACUCAGAAUAUGUUUCCAAGGUGCUCAGAAUAUGAAACAUAGUUGUUUGAUUUGCCUUACAGAGCUAUUGCUACUUUGUUAUUCAGUGAACAUGAAAAUGUACUUGUUUAUCUUUUUUGCCAUAGCA